UUGAAGUUCGCUCUAUCCGGACCUUACUACCUAUGAGUACUAAGGAAUUUUUUGGACUGACCUAUUGCUCGCUGAUCUUCAAGAAGAUUUAACACGGUUUCGAAAAUAGCUCCAAGUGCACUGUCACACCGGUAAGUGUAAAUUUAAAAAUAACUACAUUAUAUCUGUGACCAAAAAGUCUAUUAAUACACCAGAUCUUAUAACUGGACUAUCAUAAAACACAACGAAUAGUAGGAACAUUAGUAGAAUUUUGCUGCCAUUCAUUUUCAUUCUCUUUAAAUAUUCUAAAGUGACAUGAAAUCGAAUGCUGGCUUCCCCAGGCUCUUAGCUAAGGCUUUAAAAAACGUUGGCAUUUUAGGUAAUAGCAAGAAGCACAAUGUUUUCGGAUUGCAUCCAUUAUCGGUAUCGGUUAUCUACAUACUAGUUACGCUGUACUUAGCGUCGCAACUCCGAAAGUUAGUGACAGCCUUUACCAAGAGCGACUCACUAGCGAGGCAACUCCUAUUGGAAUUAGUCGCUACUUUUGAGCUUUGUGCGGCCUGUUUCGAGCUAAUUAUAGUUGCAGAUAACUGGGGAGUCAAUGCAUACGCGUUAUUUCUGCUGUUACUUACGAUCUGGUGGUCUACGAAAUGGGGGGACGCAACCGCCUGCCCUUACUGCCCAAUGGAAGAAGCUUUUGCCGGCCAGAGAACUUGGAAGUCCGCAUUGAACAUUAUCGGGGUUCAGUUAGUGGCAGCAUUGUUAACUUUUAAAUAUGUGCAAGUACUGUGGGCUAUAGAACUAGUGGAAACCCACAAGGAUAAAGCUUACGAGGAAUGUGCGGCAGACCUACAAGUCGAUAUGGUUAUGGGGGCAAUAGUAGAAUGCGCCCUUACAUGCCUCUGCAGGGUAAUGUCGAAAAUAUUGGCAGAAAAGUCCUUCAGGUGCAGUGGGGUUGUUGAUGCUGCCUUUGCCACCACUAUGGUUGUUUUAGCUUUCAACAUAUCAGGCGGCUAUUUUAACCCCGCAUUGGCCACUUCGCUAAAGUUUGGAUGCGUGGGAAAUACCGCAGUUGAACAUAUAGUGACAUAUUGGAUAGGAUCGUGCACUGGAGCCCUUUUAUCUUGCAUAAUAUUCGAAUCAAACGCUGUACAGAACUUCUUGAAGAGAGGCAAGGAAGAAUAAAGUAACGUGUAUUAA